AUGAGUGUUUUAGGAGGUUAUAGAGGUAUUCUUCGUCUAACAAGGUUGCCGUUGGCGUCUUUAAGAUAUAAUGGUGCUGCGAUCAGAUGUCUUUCUUGUAAUGUUUAUAAGCUACAAGAACAAAAAGAGCCCCCUACUAAAAAAAGGCCAUUGAGUAGAAUUCCAAUUGGUGGAAGUAGUUCCAAUAAUAGUCACGGUGAGAAGAACAUUUCUGAUGCUAUUGAGUUUACAACAUGGAAAGCUGCAUUGCUAUUUAUUACUCUUGGUGGUGGUCUUUAUUUUUUGUUCUCUAAAGAGAAGAAGAGGUUAGAGGUGGAACGGGAGGCGGAAGCUAAUCGUGGUUAUGGUAAGCCUUCUGUGGGUGGACCGUUUAGUUUGGUGGAUUUUAAUGGGAAUGUUUUUACGGAGAAGAACCUUUUGGGCAAGUUUUCUAUAAUAUACUUUGGGUUCAGUCGUUGUCCUGAUAUUUGUCCAGCUGAGUUGGAUAAAUUGGCAGCAUGGCUGGAUGGAUUGAAAAGUAAGGAUAUCGAGCUGCAGCCGGUGUUCAUUACGUGUGAUCCAGCUAGAGAUUCUCCAGAAAUUCUUAAAGAAUAUUUACUUGAAUUCCAUCCUGAUAUUAUUGGUUUAACUGGUGAAUAUAACGCAGUCAAGAAUGCAUGCAAACAAUAUAGGGUAUAUUUCUCUACACCACCCAACUUGAAACCAGGACAAGAUUAUCUGGUUGAUCAUUCUAUUUUCUUUUAUUUAAUGGACCCAGAGGGUCGUUUUAUUGAUGUCUUAGGUAGGCAGUAUGAUGAGGCCUCUGGGCAAGCUAAGAUUGAAGAACACAUCGACGCUUUUGUUCCCGAAGCUGAGCGUCAAAAAAGAAAGGAUAACUGGUAUUCUUUCUUGUUUUAA